CGCCGCAGGCCGGGCCGCCGAACGACCGCGGCGCGGAGGGGGCUUCGCGGGCGGGAGGCGGCGGCGCCGCGCAGGCCCUUGUGUGGCAUCCGGUCACCGCGCUCCCCAGCCACAGCAUGGCUCUGAAGGCCGAGGGCGCCGCGCUCGACUGCUUCGAGGUGACGCUCAAGUGCGAGGAAGCGGAGGAUGAAGCGGAGGCCGCGGUGGUGGCCGUAAUUCCGCGGCCCGAGCCCAUGCUCAGAGUGGCCCAGCAGGAGAAGACCCCACCACCUAGGCCCAGCCUGCUGGAGGCUGGUGGUGAUGGCUAUGAGGAGCCCAGGCAGCAAAUGUCUUGGGAACAGGAGUUCCUGGUGGGGAACAGCCCAGGAGGCAGCGGGCGGGCACUCUGCAUGGUGUGUGGUGCUGAGAUCCGCUGCCCCUCGGCCGACACAGCCCGCACGCACAUCCUGGAGCAGCAUCCACACACCCUGGACCUCAGCCCGUCUGAGAAGAGCAACAUCCUGGAGGCCUGGAGUGAGGGGGUGGCCCUUUUGCAAGACGUCCAAGCUGACCAGCCAUCCCCACCCAGCUCAGACUCAGGCCGGGAUGUGGAUCCAGACCCAGACCCUGAUCCGGACCCUGCCGGGAUGCCAGCUGAAAUUGUUGUUCUCCUUGACUCCGAGGACAACCCAUCCCUCCAAGCCCUCCCUAAAAGGACUCGACCCAGGGGACUUCGCCCCCUCGAGUUUCCUGCUGCCCCUGCCACAGAACCAGCAAAUAAGAAGCCCCGUGGUCAGAGGUGGAAGGAGCCCUCUGGUGAAGAACCUGUCAGAAAGAAAAGAAGCAGACGCGUGACCAAAAAUGACCCUGACCCAGGUGAAGGGGAGGCCCAGAGAAGUGCGGCGUGGGCUCCAGCUGCCGCACUCUGUAAGAGGAAAGUGAACCAGGGAGGGGGGCUGGAGCCCAGAAAUGGUGCCAUGUCUGGCAGCUCACCUGAGGCCUUGGGCUCAGGCAUUUGGUUCCUGCCCGAGUGGGGCUGGAAGACCCAGGUGCCUAACCUCACAGUUCUACCCUGCCCUCCCUUCCCAGACCCCCCAUCAUCUCCUGACUCGCCCAUGGAGACCUUCGCAGCCCCAGCUGAGGUACGACACUUCACGGAUGGCAGCUUUCCCCCUGGCUUCGUCCUCCAGCUCUUCUCCCACACCCAGCUCAGGGCCUCUGAAAACAAGGACUCACCCAAAGAGGGGAAUGUGGCCGAGGGGGGCCUCAGCCAGCUGCAAAGCCCCUCCCCAGGCAUUCGAGUGUGUGGAUCAUAAAUUAUGGAUAACAUUGCGAAGAAUGGGAAUUUCAGAGCACUUAAUUCUGCUCAUGAGGAGCUGUGCUUAGACCAAGAGGCAGUCGUUCAGACAGAACAAGGGGAUGCUAUGUGGUUUAAAAUCAAGAAAGGUGUGCAUCAGGGUUGUAUCCCUCUCACCAUACUUAUCCAAUCUGUAUGCUGAGCAAAUAAUCGGAGAAGAUGGACUAUAUAAAGAAGAAUGCAGCAUCGGGAUUUAGGAAGACUAACAACCUGUGAUAGGCAGUUGACACAACCUUGCUUGCUGAAAGUGAAAAAGACUCGAAGCGCUUACUGAUGAAAGAUUACAUCUUUUGGUAUGGAUUACACCUCAACAUAAAACAAAAAUUUCAAAACUGGACCAGUGAGCAACAUCAUGGUAAACGAAGAAAAUAUUGAAGUUGUCAAGGAUUUCGUUUUUUUUUUUUUUUUGGAUCCACAAUCAACACCUGUGAUGGUUAAGGCUGUAUGUCGUCUUGGCUGGGCCGUGAUUCUCAAUGGGUUGGCAGUUAUGUGAUGAUGUAGUCAUCCUCCAUGAUGUGGUCUGAAGUGAUUAGCCAGUUACUUGUAACGGGAGUUUCUCCAGGGGUGUGGCCUGCAUCCAGUGUAUAUGGAUGUGCUGGCAGAGCUCUCUUGCUCUAGGUCCUGCAUCCACCUCAUCAUCAUCUGACCCCUGGUUCUUGGGGCUCGAGCCAGCGCCCUGCUAUCUGCCCUGCCAAUCUUGGGCUCGUCAGCUCCUGUGGCUACAUGAGUCAGGAGGGGCCUCCAGCCUGACGCCUGACCCACAGACUUGGGACUUGCCGGCCUCUACAACCCUGUAAUCCAUUAUCAAUCUCUCUUCCUCUCUCUCUCUCUCUGUUUAUAUGUAUGUAUAUGUGUGUAUUUACAUAUGUAUGUCCAUAUUUGCAUGUAUAUACGCACACACAUACACUUCACUGCUUUUGCUUCUCUAGAGAACCCAACCUAAGACAAUGCUCGCUGAAGCAGCAAUCAAGAAAUCAAACGAUGUGUUCCAUUGAGCAAAUCUGCUACAAAAAAACCUCUUUAAAGUAUUAAAAUCAAAGAUGUCACCUUGAGGACUAAGGUGUGCCUGACCCAAGCCAUGGUAUUUUCAGUUGCCUCAUAUGUAUGCGAAACUGAACAAUGAAUAAAGAAGACUGAAAAAGAAUUGAUGUAUUUGAAUUGUGGUGUUGACGAAGAAUAUUGAAUAUACCAUGAAUUGCCAGAAGAACAAAUCUGUCUUGUAAGAAGUACAGCCAGAAUGUUCCAUAGAAGCAAGGAUGGUGAGAUUUCAUCUUGCAUACUUUGGACAUGUUUUCAGGAGGCAUUAGUCCCUGGAGAAGGACAUCAUGCUUGGUAAAGUAGAGGGUCAGGAAAAAGACCCACAAUGAGAUGGAUAGACACGGUGGCUGCAACAGUGGACUCAAACAUAGCAACGAUAGUGAGAGUGACACAGGGACCAGGCAGUGUUUCAUUCUUUUGUACCUAGGGUCGCUAUGAGUUGGAACUGGCCCGACAGCACCUGACAACAACAAUUUCUGUGUCACUGUGCAGGCAUGCCAUGGAUCAGGUGGCAGCAAGUGUGUGUCUCUGCAGGUGCGUCAUCAGCUCAGAUCAGGUGCAGCAUGAGUGUGAUUGUUCUCUCUCCAUGGCUUUUCUUGGCUGGGUCUGUCCUCCAGUGCUUCCUGGUCCAGCUCCCAACCAGCAGCUUCAGGACAAGCCUGGGCCAGUGCCAGGGUUAGGCCAGCAUUAUGACAGCUCUCAAGGUAAAACUUCUAUGGAGAACUCCUGUAUGGUGUAUGCUCAGACCUCUGCAGGCAACCUCUGAACCCCACUCAGGACAGGCCUCUUCUCGGUCCUCCUCUGGACAGGCUUUUUCUCGGCCUCCUCAGGACAAGCCUCUUCUCGGCCUUAGAGUUACCGCCUCAGCACAGCUGGGGCAUCUUCUGUUGCCAAAAGCAGGCCGGCUCUGCUCCCAUGCUGUCAUUUGCUCUGUUUGGACAUCUGCCUGCACAGACUGGACUGUAGCUGCCUCUUUAUGGGGCACCCUGGUCCGUUCGUGACCUCCUGUCUGGAGGAGAUGCCCAGCUCUGUUCCACGGACUGACUUUCACCACCAUCAUCAUCAUCUCUGUGGGCCACUCACCCACUGCCUUGUCUGCCAGCCUUGUGGUUCCUGACGCUCACACCACUGCCACCAUUUCUUUGCCCUUGGCUCUGCCAUGCUUGCCGCCGUUUCUCUUGGUCUUUAGUGUUAUCAGCUCAGUACAGCCCUUGACUCGGAUCUAGGAGGUUUUCAGCACAGGAACCCCAGAUUCAAAGGAUGUACUAAUCUCCAAGCUGAAUUCUCUGCCGUCUUUCCAGCUGCUGUCACUGAACCCCUAGCAAAGGCCAGCCCUUCUGUACUUGCUGUAGCUCAUCCCCUCUCACUAACAACACUGGUGCAUCAGUUCUCUCUGUUGCACCAUCCAUUUUUUCCUCUCUUCUGGGUCUUUCCCACCAGCCUACACAUAGCAGUUAUUUCUCCCUUCUUAACGCCUCACCCCUCUCUCACGACUUUUCCAUUUCCUAACCUUUUUCAACAAUUCCAGAAAGCAUUUUCUAUACUAACCAGCUCUCAGCCCUCAUCUCUCUGGGUCUGGCCGUCAUGAGGGAGCAGUGCUCACCUUUCUUGGAGACACUCUUCUCUUGGCCUCCCAGGCAUCUCCUUGCUGGGUUUUUCUGCUGCUUCACUAGCUAUUGAUUCUCCACUCUCCCAGUUGGAAGCGUCUUGUAUUGUUGUCUGUCUUCCAUUUUCUGGAACGUAAACUCCUUCAGGUCAGGAUGAUUGCCUGUUUCAUUCAUGCCCAGAGUAGGUGCUGCUUAUGUACUGUACUUGAUGAAUUCAUGAAUGAGUCCCAGCCACAGGCUGGGGUCUGCACUUACUCUCUGGGUGAUCUCAUCCAGGUUCACAGCUUUAAUAUGUGCCCACAACUACCUUCUUGAGUCCUCUAACCUGGACCUCUCUCCCCUGAGUUCCAGCCUCUCUUACUAGGCUAGGAUACCCGAUAAGUCUUAGAUGCAAAGGAGUCAGCUGAAGGUAAGGGGAGGAGGGGAAGGGACUGCAGCGCUAAGUAUCCAUGUGCCAAAGUAAGUGGAGGGCGUCUGGCUUAUGUGUGAGGAGCUUUGAGCCUAAUUUCCUGGUUAGUGUGGUCCUUGGAGCCCUGGUGGCACAGAGGUUAAGAGACUGGCUACUAACCAAAAGGUUGGCAGUUAGAAUCCACCAGCUGUUCCUUGGAAACCCUAUGGGGCAGUUCUGCUCUGCCCUACAGGGUCGCUAUGAGUUGGGAUCAACUUGAUGGCAUUGAGUGGGUUUGGUUUUUUUCUUUUUUUGGUUUGGACAAUAGAGUGAUGCCUCCUGCUGUCCUUGGGCUGCCCCCUUGUACCAGUUGCUGGGCUGUGGAGAUGAAGGGGCAGUUUCCAAAGGUUCUUGGGACCAUCCUCAUGGUGGGGUCUGGGAGCCCUGACUCUACUCUCUUCCACCCCU